AUGCCGCCUGGUAUUGCAACUGCAAGAUCACUGGAGAAACGUCCAUCUGCUAAAGACCGCAGGGAGAUGGUACGGAUCCUUGUUGAUGAAAUGAGGCUGAAUGAACCAAAUCCAUCAAAGUCUCAGUGCCAGACAAUAGCCAAGAUGAUUGUAAAGCAACAUCCUAAGAGCUUUGUUGAUGUUAUGAGAGAUGGCACUGUGAUCGGCAGUGGCUAUGGAUCUUUUUUGACUCAACUAAAAACACGAGUAGAACAUGUUAAUCGUGGAAAUGCUCUCUCCAGACGAUGGAUGCCGAAAAGGGUCUCAAAUGCACCUGAAGACAUAGCCAGAGGACCAGCUGACCAAUAUGGCUUCGUGAGAUGGCAAUCUAACUGUCCACCAGGGGAGACUGUAGAGGGUCUUGAAGAGAAAAAGAGUGAAAUGAAAGACCUGUAUCACACUGAGGGACCAGCUGGUGCAGAGAGAGCAUAUGUGAUUCAGUUAAUGAAAACAACCUACUACCUACAAAGGAAACACAUCAAUGCCUGCCCACCUCCUUCAGUUUCUGAGCUGAAGAGUGAGUGGCCCUAUCUUUUUAUUCCGAGGGAGUUGUACAGCCAUUUCAAUUUGCUCACCGACAUCAACAUUCUGAGAAAAAUGGAACAGGCUAUGGAAGAAAAGGGGAAGCUGAUCCUUAAGUUCUUCCAGCACAGACCAGCAGGUACCAGUGCAGAUAAGGUUGAACGCAUCCUGGUCAAGUACAGCAAAGAAGAAAAGUGUGAUCCAUGCCCAUGUGUGAUUCUGCUGCUGAUGGCCCACUUCAAAGAGAAAUCUGAGGGGCUCAUUUUACAGACCGAUCUCCACCUCCAGUGGUCCAGAGAUACAGCUCCUGGUCAGCUGAGGGAUGAUAAUGUGCUCAAUAGGUCAGCUGAGGGGGAUGAUAAUGUGCUCAAUAGGUCAGCUGAGGGCGAUGAUAAUGUGUUCAAUAGGUCAGCUGAGGGCGAUGAUAAUGUGUUACCCUCAAUAGGUGAUGUCUUCACAGCAACAAAUUGGAUGCUGAGCAUUGAGGGCCAUGUGGUUGUGGGUCCACACCAGAACAUUGUGGCUGGAUUGGCUGCGUUAUUCGCAUGCUACUAUGCAUUCAAUUUGGUGUAUCAAGAGGAGGCGUCGAACACACUGGAAUUCAUUCAAAGAUGCUUCCUAGGGAUCAACCCAACCUCUGGCACAAAGGCCACAAAGUGGAUCAGUCCAAGAAGUGGGAAGGUGCAAGAGAAGAGGAACAGCAAUGUCAGCCUUCAUGUCUCUGCACUCCUAAGAAGGUUAAUGGACUUUGAAUGGUUUUGA